AUGGCAGCGCGGCUACCUGCGUCGUCCGGUGACGUGCUUGGGGCGAAGCGGAAGAACAAGCGACCUGUCCAGUUUGGUUCUCCACUCAGCUCAGAGACGGAGCGGCUGGCGGUCGAGGCGAAGCUGGAGCAGCAGUUUGCGGACCUGCAGGCGCGAGCAACGGAGCUGGAACGCGAGAUGGUCGUUCUUGAAAACGUCGGGCUCGUUGACAACGCCGAAAUCUUCCAAGACACCCGCAACAUCAAACACGGACGCGUCAGUCUGGUCGUCAUGCCUGCUAUGCCGCGGCCCGUGCGGCAGCUCGUGCGUGAGCUGCAGGGCGACCGGAAGCGGUGCUUGGACUUGAUCAUUGACGACUUUGUCGAGGUCGCACAGUGGUCUCUCGAGGACGACGCCACAGGCAAACCACACAUUGACGUGGUGCGCGAUCGGCUGCUGCGGCGGCAGACGCUGCUGGACGCCAUGCUCCCGGCAGGGCUCGAGGACCUGGGCCGCACGGCCAUGAUGCUCGUCGAGCACCAGCUCAUCGACCACGGCAAAAAGUAUGCCAACGACAAGACAAUGCUGUUCGAGGACGUCGCCGACAUCCCCGUCGCCAAUCUGUUGGUGACCUCGGACAACUAUGCCUGGGACAUGUCGGAGUUGGCGGACGCGCUGGCUGUCAACAGCGGCGUCAUGCGCAACCCCAUUACGCGCGACAUGUUUUCCGAGGAGGACGUGCGGCAGAUCCUCAACCACCCGCUGGGCGAGCGCCUGCGGCCCAUGGCCCUCGAGCAGAGCGAGCUGAAACGCGGCGUGCGCUCCACCACGAUUGACCGCAUGGCCCACCUCAGCAAGGUCAUGCUCGAGGACCAGUCGGCACACGCGACGCCGACGAUCGAGGCCAUUGACAUCUUCAUGGCCUACUUCCACACGCUGCCCGAAGCCGAGAAGCGGACACUCAAGUCGCUCAAGGUGCCGGCCAAGGACAGCCACACGGGACAGGCGUAUGACUCGGCGAUCCUCGAGGCUAUCCAGGACGCCAAGGCAAACCGUGUAUGCUACCACAAGGUGGGUGAUUUCCUCAGCCAGGCGGCCAAGAAGCUGCAGGAUGACUUGUGA